AUGGAUUUCAGUGCUGAGCCAUUAAGUGCAGUUGACUUGUCAUCUUCUCCUGGUGAUGGGUCAAAAGUACAGGUUGCUUAUCAGGGCCAGCCUGGAGCAUAUAGUGAGGAAGCAGCCUUAAAAGCUUUCCCAAAUUGUGAACCUGUGCCAUUUGAUGAGUUUGAAGCUGCAGUUGAAUUGUGGAUAGUUGAGAAAGCCAUUCUACCCGUUGAAAAUUCUGUUCAAGGUAGCAUCCACCGUAAUUAUGAUUUGCUUCUUCGUCAUACUCUGCACAUUGUUGGGGAGGUGCAGUUGCAAGUUGACCACUGCCUCUUAGGAUUGCCUGGUGUGCGAAAGGAGGAGCUCAACUAUGUCAUGAGCCAUCCUCAGGCUCUUUCUCAAUGUGAAGAGAUGCUUAAUGAUUUAGGUGUUACCAGAAUUGGUUCACCAGAUACUGCUGGUGCUGCUAAGAAAGUGUCCUUAGAUGGUCUAAGAGAUACUGGAGCUAUUGCAAGUUCCAGAGCAGCAAAGUUUUAUGGCCUUGACGUUCUUGAUGAAAGAAUCCAGGAUAAUGAUGAGAAUAUCACUCGUUUCUUGAUUCUUGCAAGGGAGCCAAUAAUUCCAGGAACUGACAGGCUCUAUAAGACUAGCAUUGUUUUCAGUCUUGAAGAAGGUCCUGGUUUACUUUUUAAAGCCCUGGCAGUGUUUUCUCUGAGGAACAUUAGUUUGGCAAAGAUAGAUAGUCGUCCGCUGAAACAAUGUCCAAUAAGGAUUGUUGAUGACUCUAAUGAAGGAAGUUACAAGUAUUUUGACUACCUCUUCUACAUUGACUUUGAAGCUUCCAUGGCGGAGCCUCGUGCGCAAUGUGCUUUAGGACAUUUGCAGGAAUAUGCCCGGUUUCUUCGUGUUCUUGGUUGUUAUCCAAUUCACACAGGCCAAAGUUAAACACCUUAAAUAGGAGGAAUCUGUCAGCUCUUAAUGCUGUAGCUGUGUACAGUUUACUGAGGUUUAUAUAAAAACAAGAGGGAAGAGUAAAAAAAACAAAAAAAACAAAAACAUCCUAUGAAAGCAUUCUUGGCAUCUCCUAAGGAGGCAUUCUGGAAUGUAAUAUCAUGUAGUCUUAAGUUUUUACUGUGCUGUAAAUCCCAGCAAAGGGAUUGGUUAUUACCAAAAAGUAUAUCUGAUAGAAAGAUUUUCCUUUUGUUAUGAUAUAUGAACAAUAUGGUUUAACCAUAGAAGUUUAUCACCUUCAAACAGCAAAGUUUCUGGGCUUUUAGCUCUCUCUCUCUCUCUCUAUAUAUAUAUAUAGAUGCUUCCUUUUUUGUGUGUU